CCCCCCCCCUCUCUCUCUCUCCCCCGAGCCGCAGCAGCAGCAGCUCACCUGGAAGCGGAGGCUGCGAUGGCCAAGUGGCUGAAGGACUACCUGAGCUUCGGCAGCAGGAAGGUGCCCCCGCAGCCGCCCACACCCGACUACACGGAGAGCGAGAUCCUCAAGGCCUACCGCCUGCAGAGGGACCUGGACUUCGAGGAUCCCUACGAGGACUCGGAAAGCCGGUCCAGGGGCGAGUCCGGGACCUCCGAGCCCGCCACACCCGUGUACGGCUCCCCCAUUAAGUCGUCCAGCGUGGACGGGAAGUCUCCCAAACACAGACUGAUCAAAGUGGACUCCCAGGAGCUGGGGCGGACCAAGAUCCUCCUCAGCACCGUCUCUUUAGAGGACCAGCAGGAGCCCGUAAGAGCCUCCUAUUCUCUGCAUGUGCGCGUGGUGCCGUCCGCUCCGUUGGCCGGCGACACGGAUUAUUCCGACCCAUUCGACGCCCGCGUGGGCCACAGGUCCGAACCAGAUCUCAGACCUGUUCCGCACGAGAACAACGGCUACAUGGAGCCGUACGAGGCCCAGAGGGUCAUAACAGAGCUGCAACGCGGUCCAGGAGGAGGAGGAGGACGUUCGCGGGGCGGGCUGCAGCUCUACGAUACCCCCUAUGAAGAUGCGCGGGGACAGCGCCUGGUUCCUCUGUACGGAGAACCCCAGGAGGAGAGCAGCAGGCUGCCGCGAGACGACGAGAGGCCGGCCGAUGAGUACGACCAACCCUGGGAGUGGAAAAAGGAUCACAUCUCCAAAGCUUUUGCAGAAAUGAGAGACUUGUCGGAGUUACCUUGGCCGGCCCCUGUGGGUCAACUGGAGGAGGAGCCCCCAGUCAGAGAGCCAGCAGCGCAGUUCGACGGCGCGGAGUGGGACCGCUCCUCGUCCCCCACGGAGCGGCUGCGCCCGACGGGGCCGAGGUCCAGCCCGCUGGCGGGAGGGGGGGUGAAGUUCCGGAUGCCGCAGGAGGGCCUCUGCGUGGUGGGGGAGAGGGUGGACCCGGCUCUGCCUCUGGAGAAGCAGGUAUGGUACCACGGGUCGCUGUCGCGUUCGGAGGCAGAGUCGCUGCUAACGUUGUGUAAAGAAUGUAGCUACCUGGUGAGGACGAGCCAGACCAACCGCUCUGACUACUCCCUGUCCCUGCGGAGCUGCCAGGGUUUCAUGCACAUGAAGGUCACCCAGCACAAAGACGGCAGGUACGUGCUGGGACAGAACAGCCCGCCCUUUGACACCAUCCCAGAAGUCGUCCACUUCUACACGACUCACAAGCUGCCGAUCCGAGGCGCCGAGCAUCUGUCCCUGCUGUUCCCCGUGCUGGUGCAGACGCUCUGACGCCCCCUCGCGGGACCGCCAUGGUGACCGGACGCCUACAGGAAGCUUGAAUGUUGGAUGGGAUCCCCCCCCCCCCCCCCCCCCUCCUCUUUUCUCACUGGCUUGGGAGGAGGCGAGAGCUGGACUACGUUUUGAUGUUUUCAGCACACCGGGUGGCUCUUAACUUCCAGGGGGGAAUGGAUUCACAUGAAAUGCAAUACCUGAACUUUGGGCAACCUUUGCUGCAACUUCUCAUUUCCUCAGCGACUUCAUGGGACACGAAGCCCGCCUUUCAUAACGGGUCUUUCGCAGCUGAAAUGACUGAACUGCAGAGAAGGUUAGCAGGAGCUGGAAGAAAUCUCUGCACGUUGUGAAUGUACUGAUGCUUUAGAUUGCAUUACUGCUGUUACCACAAAAAAAAAAAAAAAAACACCUCAUUGACACUGGUGAACGUAUUGCUGUUGUAACGUGACACCUCACUCCUCAUUCUUCAUGUUUAUACGGAAACGAUGGAUAAAAUCGUCCCGUGUUUUGAGGAAUUCAAAAACCGUAUUUUCAAAGCUGUUAUAUUUUGGUUGCUUGUCCACAAAAGACAGCGUGUAAACCUUCACCCCGUCGUGUCAACGCACAGCAGCUCGACAAUCUCCAACAUGACCUGAGAUCGCUCCUCCCGAGCGACAGAGACACUGGUCUGUAUCGGUACUUGUGAACUGGAACUCUUGUCAUGUGCUUCCGUUGUGUUUGUUAGACAAUGCUGGGUAUGCAAAAAAAAAAAAAAAAACUAAAACUAACAUCACUGCUGUCAUUGUCUCCUCACUUACUUAAAGUUAAGCUGGUAAGCCGAGCUGCAGGCGGAAGCAAAGAGACGCAGAAAAACACCGAGCGCCCUUAGACAAACUCCAACGUCGUGCCGGUCGGCCCGAGUUCUCACGCUUUUGCAUAUUUGAGCAGAUUCUUCAGUCUACCCAGUUAUUACAUGCUAGUUGGUGAGUCGUAUUCGAGUUAAACACUCGCCAUCUGGGACGGGUUUCCACGUCUGAUGUCUGGCUGCAGCAUCGUGUGGCAGAAAAAAAAAAAACUCAUUUUAGACGGGAGAUGAGAUCCAAACACUUUAUGACCAUUGGAAAUGAGAAAAUGAUUUAGGUUGUAUUUGUUGUUAUUAUUUUGGCCAGUUUCUGACAGCAGUAAAAUGUCAGGAUUUCUAAUGUGCGUGCAGUUGAAGCCUCUCAUCUGCAUGCACAGUUUUGAUUCUACGUGUAGGUCUUUAGUAGAUCAGCGCUUGCUAACCUGGGGGGGGCUGGGACUCCCCCAGGAGAGCUUUGAAGAUGACUUUUGUCUGGAAAACAAAAUUGUGCUCCUCCGAAUAUUAUUUAUUAUCUGGAUGUUGAAUCGCUUUUUCUCCUUCUGAAAUACUGUGUAUUUCUUCCACCCAAAAAAACUCCCAUCAGAAAUCAUUUGAGGCGGGAAAAUCUUUUUUUUUUGUUGGUUCUUCUGUUUGUUUCCAAAAAGAAAACAUUUCCAAAAUAUUCCCUCAUUAGACUCCCCCAGAACGAAGGCAGAGGGGCACAAAGGACUUGGCAACAUCGCACUUGACUGCACGCACGUUUGCUUUCUCUCUCAUCCAUUGACAGCAGGCUCUUGGGGGGGGGGGGUGAGGACUGUGGGGUGAGGUGUGGCUGAGGAGGGGGUGAGGCCGCCCUCAUUAUUUGAGCUGCGGCGCGGUGAAAAGCGCCGGGAUUGCUUUCAUUACUGAAGCCAAGUGAUAUAGCAGAGGCUGAUUACCCGCGUGAC